AUGAAUGCCAGUAAAAAAAGAAAAAUAGAUUCUGAAUGUCGUGUAUUUCAGCAUAAAUGGAGCAAUCAAUACUUUGUUAUUGAAAAUAAAGGAAAAGUCAUGUGCCUUGUUUGUCGUGAAUUAAUUUCUGUAUUGAAAGAAUACAAUAUUAAACGGCAUUAUGAAUCCAAGCAUAAAGUUAAAUAUGACUCCUUAUACGGACAGUUCAGAGAAAUUGAAGUUAAUAAACUACAAAAAGCUCUAACCGGAGAACAAACGAUCUUUUCAAAAGUAACUAUUCAAAAUAAAGCCGUUAUUUCUGCCAGUGUGAAUGUAGCUAUGUUAAUUGCGAAAGAAGGAAAACCAUUUACAGACGCAGAAUUUGUCCAAAAAUGUGUACUAAGCAUGGCCGGUAAUAUUUGUCCAGAUAUUGUACAUAAGUUUGAAGAAGUCCCAUUAUCUGCUCGUACAAUAACAAGACNCUGA